GGGGGGGGGCCCGUCGAGCCCGGCAUCCCGCGACUCCUGCCCGCAGCCCGGCGAGCCCCCCGCCCGCCGCCGCCGAGGGGAGGGAGGGAGGGGAAGGGAAAGAUUUGAGGAAGGGGAGAGAGGAAAAAAAGGAAAAGUAAAAAAAAAAAAAAAAAGCGGUUAUAGUUGAGUGGGGUUUUUGGUAGUCAGGGAAUUGGAGAAGGGGAAAGGAAAUUAAAGGAAAAAGUUUAAAAGUUGGACAGGGAGAAAGGAAAAAAAAAAAAAACUACUUUAUAAAGAAAAAUUUCAAGAGGGAGCAAGUUUUUGGUUUUUGUUUUUUUUAAAAAAAAAUUGAGAGAGGGGGGAAAAAAAAGAAUACUAAUUGGGAAGGGCUUGAUCCGGGCGGCGGAGAACAAUACUUGCCGGGAAAGUUGCUGCGCGGCCCGGGAGGGAGCGGCGGGAGGAAAAUGCCGCAGCUGGGCAGCGGCGGCGGGGACGACCUGGGGGCCACGGACGAGAUGCUGGCCUUCAAGGACGAGGGCGAGCAGGAGGAGAAGAUCCCCGAGAACGCCUUCACCGAACGCGACCUGGCCGACCUGAAGUCCUCGCUGGUGAACGAGUCGGAGGGCAGCGCCAGCCCGGCCGCCGCCGCCGACCCUGAGGCCAUCCGGCGUGCGCAGGAUCCGCAGCGGGUUUAUCAGGAGAAGCUCCCCGACCACAUGGAUGAUGGUAUGAAGCAUCAGGACCCAGGGAUGUAUAAAGGAUCUGCAUAUUCUGGCUACCCUUUCCUCAUGCUCUCAGACCCGUAUCUGCCAAAUGGAUCUAUGUCACCUCUGUCCAACAAAGUUCCCGUUGUGCAGCCGUCCCACGGAGUCCACCCGCUCACCCCACUCAUCCCUUACAGCAACGACCAUUUCAGCCACGGCUCCCACUCGCCCCACUUGCCCGCUGACAUCAACCAGAAACAAGGAGUGCAUCGUCCAUCCCAGACUUCAGACAUCCCUGGUUUCUACCCCCUCCCUCCCGGUGGAGUCGGACAGAUCACGCCGUCGAUGGGAUGGUUCACUCACCCCCUGAUGCUGGGCUCUGGCAUGCACACCACUGGCAUCCCGCACCCUGCCAUCGUGCCCCACUCCGGCAAACAAGAGGUGGAGCACUACGACCGAAACAUGAAACCUCAGCCAGAACCAAAGAGAGAGAAGGAAGCCAAGAAGCCCACUAUCAAGAAGCCCCUGAACGCUUUCAUGUUGUAUAUGAAAGAAAUGCGGGCGAAGGUGAUUGCUGAAUGCACCCUGAAGGAGAGUGCUGCCAUCAACCAGAUCCUGGGAAGGAGGUGGCACGCGCUGUCCCGGGAGGAGCAGGCCAAGUACUACGAACUGGCUCGCAAGGAACGGCAGCUCCACAUGCAGCUCUACCCUGGCUGGUCCGCCAGGGACAACUACGGGAAAAAGAAAAGACGAACACGGGAAAAGCAGCAAGAUUCCAACUCAGAUCCUGCUUCUCCUAAGAAAUGCAGAGCUCGCUUUGGCCUCAACCAACAAACGGACUGGUGCGGCCCGUGCAGGAGGAAAAAGAAGUGCAUUCGGUACUUACAAGGAGAAGGACGCUGUGCCAGCCCAGUUUCUUCCGAUGGAAGUGCUAUAGACUCCCCUCCCUCUCCUCUGGACGCACUCCAAUGCAUCUCCUCUGCUUUUCCUUCAGACAAGCUUGCAGCCCCCGCUGACUCCGCACUCAGAGAACAGCCCGACCCCUUCCCCGCCUCCGCUCACCUCCACACCGCCACCUGCUCCUCCAGACUGACCACCCGCUCCUCCUCUGCGCCCACAGAGCCCCCAGCCUACAGCCUGGCCUCCACGGGGACAUAGUCCUGCGUGCCCAGCCGCGGGGCCGGGACGCCGGGCCCGUCGCUCCCGCCCACCCGGCUUCGCUGCCCGCGGAACAGGACCCGAGGCCCGGCCCGUUUCCCCAUCCGUGCAGCGUUAGGCCACGGGAUGACACAAGGAUGCUGGAAAACUCAGUUGGGUUUUGUUUGUGGGUUUUUGUUUGGUUGUUGUUUUGUUGUUUGGUUUUUUGUUUUUUUUCUGAGGGAGGGUGGGGGUUAAAGAUAGAAAAGUUACUUCAAAAAAAAAACCAAAAACACCACAAAAAAAAAAAAAAAGGUAAAAAAUAAUUGCCAAAAUUUAAAGUGCUGAUGAGUAAACAAGCCUUUUGUCCCUGCCCUGUGCUGCUUUUUUUUUUUUUGUCUGUUUGGGGUUUUUGGUUGUUGGUUUUUUUGUUGUUGUUUUUCUUUGACUGCGUUCUCCUCAAGCCUGGCAGAAAGCAGAGAUGAACUCCCCAGCUUGCUGCAGUAGAUGGUAGGUGCUUCCCACCUCUCACUGGCUUCCUCUCCCAGCCUCCUGAGCUGCUUUCACCUGUAGUCACUCACUCUCAGACGCCUCGUAGCCCUUACACCCCAGAGCUGGAAAAGCUGGACUAGGAGCAUUUUUUUAAAAGCCCUUCCUGUCUGAAAAUUAAAUAGUAGUGACUGAUCUGACCAGGUAAUAGAGAAAUGAAAUCUUUAAACCGACGAGGUGAAUUUUUUUCAGCUUCUGGUUUGAGAACAGAAGGAUGCUGUUCACAGGUCUCUGUGCAGACAUGGCCCGUCGGGAGCGCACAGCACGGCAGAGGAGAAGAGCACUGACCAGACAGUGAAAGGAGCUCAGACCAGCUGCUGGAAGGUUGAUGGCUCAGUGCAGGGUCUCCCUUGCUCUUAGGAACUGUCCACUGUGGAGGUGGGUGGCCAGAAACUCCACCAGCAGCCUGACCCCAGGCUGUCCAAACAAGUCCUCUGCUGCUGAGAGGUGAAAGCCCUGCCAGGCAGCAGCACAGCACACACUGCUCUGCACCUCAGGCCUCCCUCUCUGCAUCCCCCAAGCAAGAUCAGAACCCUUUUUUCCAUGAUUUGGUGUGUAACUUUAAAAAAACCCCACAUAUUCUAGGUUUUUCUAAAAGAUCCUCCCUCCACCCCCACAACAAUGCCAAAUGUUUAUGUCUUCUCUCCAGCUUGAAAGCAUUUACCAGUUUCUGGUGUUUUAUUUAUAUUUUGAGCUUGAUAGACUAAAAAAAACACUGUGGACAGGUUGUGAUCUCCCUGGACUGAUGUCAGUCCCACAUUAAUCCAAGUUCUUGAUUUACUUCAGGUUUACAGACUUCUCACAGAGACCACAAUCUAGUCCAGUGCAGAUUUUUUUCCUACUUGAUAGAAACAGAUGCUAGACUGCUGAAGAGAAAAAUAACACCACACGGGGGAGAGGGGGUCUAUUUUUAAUACUUUUCAGAAUAGGCUUUAGAGUACUGAAUACAAACUAUGUAGUAAUAUUAUUGUAGAACUGCAAGAAAUUUAAGAUGACCUUUAAAAUGUACAAAAUAUUUUUAUAUUUUUUUCUUGAUACAAAAACAAACCCUAAUUUUUUACAUUGGACUAAACUUUUUAAACAAGUUUAUGCCUCAAAGAUUGAAAAUUUAAAAAAAAAAAAAAGAGAAAAUCAUUAGUUUGUAGAGCAGCUUUGGGUUUAUUCCCUUCAUUUAGGUACUUUUGCUUAGAGUAGGGUAGAUUUUUUUAAUUCCAGUUUUAGUUGAGAAGACCUAAGUCUGUUGCUUUAUUCCUCUCCUGUGUAAAUGUAACUUCAGAAGCACCGCAUGAAAGCUACAUGCACCCAGCUGAAAAGUUUGAAGAGAGUAAUUUUAAAGGCUGAAAGAAUCAUUUUAACUCUUUGAGAAGCAGCAUUACCUGAACCGACUGCCAGCUGUACACUUGGUCCUGUACCUACUGCACUCAGAGGGUUAAUUAUAGAGCACUAGAUUAAUAUGCAACCUGCUCAUUUUUAAAUUAUUUUAGCAAGCUUAGACAACAGUGCUGUUGAACAGAGGAACUCAGCAGACUCUUCCCAAAACUGACAGUCUCUUCUUACUACUUGAUUUAAAAAAAACACAAAGCUUAAAAAUAACACCUGUGUCUCAGCUCAUCCUUUGUCACCCUGAGACCCUCUGAUGUAAGGUGCUGUAAAGUGUCAGAUGACAAACUGGGCACAGUGACCUCAUGACCUCACUGGGUGUGGAGGUGGCAGAACCUCAUCCCCCCCUGGUGCUCUGUGGCUGGAUGAAACAUGGAACUGCAGCAAAGGCAGGUAUAACAAAACAAGCAGAUAUGUCUAAAUAACAGCAGGGGAAACUGAGGGAAAGUCCUGAACAGUAUUAUACAGUAUAUCCUGACCAAGGACCAGACAGUGCUAGCGUCCCCAAACAGGCUGCCUCUCAUUUCAGAAUCACCAGGACUCUCACCCACUUUAUUCCAAGGCUCCCAUGCCCCAGAGCUGUGCUCACCUGCCAUGGCUCAGCAGUGGGCCCAGCUGUACCACAGCCUCCUCCCAUCAUCAUUCCGUCCCAUUCCUGCAAAGUUUCCUUAGUGAAACCUCCUGCCCCCCUCCAGGAGCAUUUCCAGAGUGGGAGCAGUUCCACCCUGGGCUCUGCUCUGUACAUACAGGUUUAUACCAGACCUUGCCCUGUGCUUCCAGCUGCCACACAAACUCCAAACAUCCCCCUGGGAUGCUGUCACACAGUCAGUUUAUACUGGUGCCACUGAGAAAUUUUUUCCCCAAAAACACACAAGAUAAGAGACCUUUAAGCUGCCCAAGACAGAACAGUGUGUGCAUGACCAACUUGUGUUCCACACCCACAGCCCAUAACUAAUGCCAAACCCAAGUUACUUUUAGUAAUACCAAAAAAAUGUCUUUAGAAAUGCUCUAUGAAGUGCUACUAUUUUGUGUUAAUACUCUUUUUUCAUAGAAGGAAAACUUUGCCCUUCAAUUCUUACUGCAACAAGAUUUAUUAUUAUUUUUUAGUUCUUUUACAGCAAUUUCAACUCUUCCUGAAAUACAGAUUUGAGUUCCUGAGAUCAGUUUGAAUGUAGAAGUCAUGGAAGUACCACUUCAUUAAACCAAGUAAAACCACUGUAUGUAUGUAGCAGAGAUAAAUGUUUUGCAGCUGUACUUUCAUUUGUCCAAUGACUAUCCAUCAUUUGUUGUAAUUUUUUUACUUCAUUGAGUUUGUAUUUUUUGGCUUUUAUGUUCAAAAUAUGUUUAUAGCUUUAUAAAUAAAGUAACUGCCAGACUGGCUAUUCAAAAUAGGCCACUGGAAGUUAUAAUACUAUCAAA